AUGGCUCGUACAAAGCAGACCGCCCGCAAAUCAACCGGUGGGAAAGCACCCAGGAAGCAGCUCGCGACAAAAGCCGCUCGCAAGAGCCCGCCCUCUACUGGCGGGGUGAAGAAGCCGCAUCGUUACAGGCCUGGUACUGUGGCACUCUGUGAAAUCAGGCGUUAUCAGAAGUCCACUGAACUCCUGAUUCGAAAACUUCCCUUCCAGUGUCUGGUGCGAGAAAUUGCUCAGGACUUCAAAACAGAUCUGCGCUUUCAGAGCGCAGCCAUUGGUGCUUUGCAGGAGAGCAGUGAUAGAAAGCUGAAGACUCUCUAUGAUGACACAGGGUAUAUAUCCCCAAGUAAAUGGUAA